AGAAGCAACGAUGAGCAGCGAUUUGUACCGAUUCGCAGUAUCAUCCCACUUCAGUAGUUUUCCAAAAUCGUUCUCCCUCCGUAAGAAAGUUCCAUGGUGGUACCAGAUCCUGGACCCGCGGUCGAGGUUCGUGGCGCGAUGGAACCGCACGUUCCUCUACGUGUGCAUCGUGGCUCUCUUCCUGGACCCUCUCUACUUCUACUUCCCCAUCACCGGGGACAAGGCCUGCAUGCAGACCGACAUUGUCCUCGGCGUCUUCGUCACGUUCUCCCGCACCAUCGCUGACCUCUUCUUCCUCUUCCACAUGGUCCUCAAGUUCCGGACAGCUUUUGUCUCUCCCCUCUCCAGCGUCUACGGCCGCAAGGACCUCGUCACCGAUCCUCGCCAGAUCGCUUCGCGCUACCUCCGCUCCGAUUUCGCCAUUGAUCUCUUCGCCACCCUUCCUCUGCCUCAGAUAGUGAUCUGGUUCGUGAUUCCGGCAGUGAAAGAUUCAACGGCGGCUCAUGUAAAUCAUACCCUGUCCUUGAUUGUUCUCAUUCAGUUUAUUCCUCGGUUGUUCCAGAUUUUUCCUCUGCAACGGAGAAUCUUGAAGACUAGUGGGCUUAUUGCCAAAACUGCCUUGGCAGGGGCCUUAUACAAUCUUGGAUCCUACAUGCUAGCCAGCCAUGUUUUAGGAGCUUCGUGGUACGUGUCAUCGAUUCAGCGGCAGUACGAGUGUUGGAUAAUAACAUGCAAGAAGGAGAUGAACAGAACGCACUCUCCAUCAUGUAACCCUUCCUUUCUCGACUGUGGCACCCUCGCCGACCAUGAAAGGCAAGCUUGGUUCAAACGCACCAGAGUUCUCACCGCAUGCGAUGCCCUCAAUGAUAAAAACGAGUUUCAGUUUGGAAUGUUCGCUGAUGCUUUCACUGAUCACGUCUCCUCAUCAAGAUUCUUCCAGAAAUACUUUUACUGCCUCUGGUGGGGUUUGAAGAAUUUAAGUUCGUAUGGACAAAAUCUUCAGACAAGCACUUACAGUGGUGAAACAUUGUUUUCAAGUUUCAUAUGCAUCGCAGGUCUAAUCCUGUUUGCGCAUCUCAUUGGUAACAUGCAGAAUUAUCUGCAAUCUUCAACUGCAAAAGUUGAAGAGUGGAGACUUAAACAGAAAGAUACAGAAGAGUGGAUGAAUCACCGGCAACUUCCACCAGAACUGCAACAACGUGUUCGACGGUUCGUUCAAUAUAAAUGGCUUGCCACCAGAGGAGUGGACGAAGAAGCCAUUUUGCGCGCUUUGCCUUUGGACCUUCGCCGCCAGAUUCAGAGGCAUCUCUGUCUCGACAUUGUUCGCCGAGUUCCAUUUUUUGGCCAAAUGGAUGACCAGCUUCUAGAUGCAAUAUGCGAACGUCUUGUGUCAUCGUUAAACACAAAAGACACAUACAUCGUUCGCGAAGGCGAUCCGGUGAGAGAAAUGCUCUUCAUCAUCAGAGGGCAAGUAGAGAGUUCCACAACCGAUGGUGGAAGAACAGGUUUCUUCAACUCCAUCACCCUCAGGCCCGGCGACUUUUGCGGCGAAGAAUUGCUAACAUGGGCCUUGAUGCCCUCUUCAACUCUCAAUCUCCCAUCUUCCACUCAGACAGUGAAGACCCUCACCGAAGUGGAAGCAUUUGCCUUAAGAGCCGAAGACCUCAAAUUCGUGGCGAGCCAGUUCAAGCGCCUACACAGCAAGAAAUUGCAACACGCUUUUAGGUACUAUUCGCAUCAGUGGAGGGCUUGGGGGGCACAUUUUAUACAAGCUGCGUGGAGACGGCACCGCAAGAGGAAAUUGGCGAUGGAGUUGUUGAAGGAGAACUUGUACUACACGAAUGUGGUGGAAGAUGAUGAUGAUGAAGAAGGUAGUGCAGGAGAGAGUUCAAUGGCGGGGCAUACUCAGAAUUUUGGGGCCACAUUUUUGGCUUCGAAAUUUGCUGCAAACACUAAGAAAGGGGCAAUUAAAAAGGUGGCUAUUAAACUUCCUGAUGCUGAUAGUUUGAAGAUGCCCAAGAUGUUCAAACCCACGGAACCUGAUUUCUCAACAUUCCAUGAUUAGUGGAGUCUAUUGAUCAGGAUGGAAUUAAUUAAUACUGGGGAUAUUAACCAAUCUUUAUUCCCUUUCUUCGUAUCUAUCUAGUUGUACAGAAACAAAGAAUUUUCUUAGUAGUUUAAGCUUAUGUUCGUAAUUAGUAAAUUGUUGAAAAGCACUAAUUUUCUAGCUUGGCAAAUUAAGUUUGAGUAAGACGGAGUAAUUCUAAUUAAGGACUAAUUAUGUGGGCUAUAUAUUGGGAUAUAGGCUAGCACAAGUUGAAUUCUACAUGGAAUUAAGUUGCCCAAAAAUUUGAAAAAGUAGAAUUCGGUCAGUUCGAAAUAUAUUCCUCUAGUGUGUCUUUG